CCUUUUUUACGAAAGUUUCUGGCAGGGAGGGAACGUCAGAAAGUAAAGUCACAACACAAGCGACAUUUUUCAGUUCCUCACGCCGUUUAAAAGCGUCGUGCCGCUAUCCCCUGCCUUAUGGAGGACGACGAAACAAUUGUUCGAGUGCUAACGCGGGUUUAGCAGGCUAACAAACAUGGCGGCUCCUUCCUCCGGAACUUUGACUCCGUGACACGUGAGGACGAGGUAAAGAUAUCAUCAACAUGGCCUUAACCCCAGCAUGAGGGCUGGUAGGAGCAUCAUCAUCAUCAUCAUCAUCAUCAUGGAGAUCAGCACUGCCACCACCGUCCUUCCACAUGAAGCUGGGGACCUGCUGGAUCCCCCCGGUCCAUCAUCCGGCAUAUCCAUCAACAAACUCCUCCCGGCACUGUUCAAGUGCUUCGGCAUCAUAUUGUGUGGCUACGUCGCCGGCAGGGCCAAAAUCAUCACCUCCACCCACGCCAAGGGUUUAGGCCACUUUGUGUCAACGUUUGCCCUACCUGCGCUCCUCUUUAAGAACAUGGUACUGCUGGACUUUGGGAAUGUCAUCUGGCCCUUCAUCUGGAGUAUCCUGGUCGCCAAAGCGUCGGUGUUUGCCGUCGUUUGUGUCCUCACACUGCUGGUUUCCAGUCCAGAGAGCCGCUAUAGCAAAGCUGGACUCUUCUCAAUAUUCGCCACCCAGAGCAAUGACUUUGCUCUGGGUUUCCCGAUUGUGAAAGCCCUAUAUCAAAGCACAUAUCCAGAAUACCUCCAAUACAUCUACCUAGUGGCACCUGUAUCGCUAAUGCUGCUAAAUCCCAUCGGCUUUGCCUUUUGUGAGGUCCAGAAAUGGAAGAAUCAGGGAGACCACCAGCAGGGCAAGCUUCUGAUUGUGGGACAAGUGGCUUUGCAAGUCCUUAAGAACCCUAUUGUUUUUAUGGUCAUCAUUGGCAUCGCGGCCCAUUUUGUUCUGCGCCAGACCAUUCCCUCAUUCAUGUCCGACUUUGUGGAUGGUUUGGCCAACUCUUUUGAGGGAGCAGCUCUGUUCUACUUGGGUCUGUCCAUGGUGGGCCAGCUAAAGAAUCUAACCAGGUCAACUGUUGUGACGCUGAUACUACUCUUGACAGCAAAAUUGUUGCUGAUGCCUCUUAUUUGUAAAGACAUGGUGGAUCUUCUGGACAACACCAGCCCUGUCAACCACUCAAGCCUCUCGAACUACGCUUUUCUUUACGGAGCCUUCCCCACAGCGCCGAGCGUCGCAAUCUACGCUGUGUAUUAUAACUCCCAGCUGGAAGUGAUCAUUUCUGGGAUGGUGAUCAGCACUUUCCUCUCAGCUCCAAUAAUGUUUACCUCAGCCUGGCUGCUCACGCUCCAUUGGAUGGAUUCUAGGCUACUGAUGCACGCACUGCAGGAUGUCUGCUUUUAUAUAAGCAUUGCCAGUUUAGUGGCACUGUUGUGGACCAUCGCAGUCAUGCUUUUUAAAAAGGCAUUCAAGAGGCUACCUGACAUGUUUACUGCAAACCUUUUCUUGGCACAGUUUCUCACCUGUUUUGGAAUGAUCCUGUGGAAAUUUGUGGCGGAGAAAGACAACUUUAUCUGUCAGAUCUUGACUUUUACGCUACUGAGCACCUCACUCUACAGCACUUAUGUCUGGCCAGCUUUCAUUGCACUCUCUCUGGUGCUCCUGAGCAGGUUUGACAACUUGAAAGUUUCAACAGGAUGGUUUAUAUUUGCCAGCUGGGGGAUCCCUGCCUUCAUAACUGCCGUGUUACUUAUUUGUGGGGAAAAAAUGCCUGACACCGUGGACUCGUCUGUCUUUUACAGCAAACCACAGAUCAUCUGCACCACAAUAGUGCUGUCGCUUAGUUUACUAUUAGGGGGGAGCUCCCUGCUGUUUCUGGGUAGAGGAAGCUGGGCCCAAAAGGACAGAAGUGGAGGGGAUAACACAUCUGUGGAGGACCUUGUGACUGAAACUGAACAGGACAGCCAGUCUUUGUUUGAGCCAGAAGCCCGUUCAGAAGAUCUUAACACAGGUCAAAAUGAGAAUAGCAGUGAGUCAACGACCUGCCUUGUCUUUAGAGUGGACGAGCAGCAUCAAAAUGAACAUAAACAAGUGGCCCGUCACGUGCUCUUAUGUUUGUUUCUGGGUGUCAGCUUGCUAGCAAACUUGUGUAGCUGUGUGUGGUUGCUCUUUCACAAACAUACGGGCAGACUUUACGUGGAGCUGCAAUUCUUCUGUGCAGCUGCUAAUUACGGGCAGGGUUUUCUCUCCUUUGCACUCUUUGGACUGGACAAACAUUUGAUUAUCCUGCCGUUUCGGAAGAGGUUGCACCUGCUGUGGUAUGGAAAGAAGCAAGGAGAGCAAACACGAAGUGAUUUACCCGAGGAGGUCAGAAUGACCUGCACUGACUUUGUCAAAUACCAUAAAGUCAAGUGUUUUCAUGACAUUGUCAGAAAGAGAAGGUGUGGAAUGAGGACAACGGUGGACUGUUUCCUUGGCUGUGAACUUGUGGAGUGGCUUCAACAGGCGGGCUUAGCUCAGGAUCAAGGUGAGGCCUUACUCUACGGCACACGCUUGCAGCAGGGCGGCAUUCUCCAGCACAUGGAGCAGGAAUAUGCCUUCCAAGAUGGUCUGCUUUUUUACUCCUUUGUGACUUAAACUGUCACGCAGUGAUCACUUUAAUUUUAGCACAGUGUAAAGAUUGCUAUUUCACACACACGUGCUUGACAAAGGGCAUGCAGUAAUGCAUGAAACCACGUUAGUUAGCUCAGCUCGAUUUGAGAGCUCCGACAACAUUGACAGUUGUCCUAAUGCACUCUGGAAGAGAUCGUACUUAAGUUGACUCGCGUGUUUGUUAGAAAGGCAAAUGACAUACAUUGGAUCACAGGUGGAAAAUAUACUCACCAGUCAUGCCAUUAAACUGAACUACUGUAACCAAUACAAUAGCUGUGCCGCAAUUCUCCCUGUAGAAAAGAUACUAAUGUUUAGUUUGUACCAUUUGAGAGGCAAAUUAAUAACAGACUGAGCUGAUAAAGUACAAACCACAAUAACCAACCACCAUAGGGCAUGAACACAUUAAGUAAUUAUUUGGCAAUAAGACACAAUACAAAAAUGCCUAAUUUAGUCACUUGUGACAUUUAAUCACCUCAUGAACUGAUGGUCAAUACAUAGGUCAGUUUUAAAAUGAUAGCAUUGACAACUUUUCAUCUUCCAGUCAACACAUGCACUUGAAUGUUCUUAUUUGAUGUCAAUAUGUGAGUGAAUAGAUGCAGGUUGUUUUGUAUCUAUUUGAAUUUUGUGUUCAUUCAGUUUAUAUUAUGAGUGUUUUACUUGUUUGUAGCAUGAAGACACAAGCAUUGUUACCAUGGUGAAUACAAAUAUGAUGCAAACAGUGUUGAUGGUUUAUAAGGGAUACAUUAGCACAUGCUUUUAUUGCCAAACAAGCAAAAUGUAAUUAGUUUAACUUAAAAAAACACCAUUAAGGCUCUGAAUAUGAUAUGUUGCACAUACUGUACACAUUACAUCUUCUCUCAGGUGAAUUUAAUUACAGGGAAACUAUGGUUUGUUUUUAUUGUGAAUUUGUUUAAGCAAGUGUUGAAUAUGACUCUUUAAUAAAAUAAUUGUCAUGCACGUGUGACACAUUUUGUAAAGUGUUGUGUAUUUAUAGAUUGUUCUAAAUAAACCUUACAGCUGCA